ACAUAUGAUUCUUGGGCAACUGACAUAUCUGAUAUCUAUCGUGUUUUGUAAAUUUUUGUGAUUAUUCACAAAAUUAGUUUAGAAAUUUACUGCUAACUUUACUUUUAAUCUUUAAAGAUCAUUUAUUACGAGAAAUGUUUACCAAAAACCCCAAAUUAUGCAAACAAUAACUGUCGACGGGUACUUGCCAAUAUGUAAAAAACUAUGAGCAGUUUGAUAAAGUUAGAACAAGUCGAUAAGGUUAACAUUUUAAAAUGGCUGUUUGUGGUCUUAGGACGCUUCUAUUAAUCGUCUGUAUCUUGGAGUUGAUUGUGACAGUGCAGCGACAGGUCUUUGAUUUCCUGGGUUACAUGUGGUUACCUAUUAUAAGUAAUUUUAUAAAUAUUCUUCUUAUCAUAUUUGGGUCUUUUGGAGCUGUGCAGUAUGUGACCACAUAUCUUGUUGCUUAUGCCCUGUGGAGCUUAUUAUGGUUGACAUGGAAUAUUUUUCUAAUUUGUUUUUAUCUUAAUGUUGGAACUUUGAACAGGGAAGGUGGCUUGUUGUCACUUGGCACUGGGAGUGUUAGCUGGUGGGAGAGUAAUGGUUGGGGGUGUCAACCCGUGUGGGGAGAGGUUGAUGGGCCAGGGUCAUGGAGACCAGCCAGAGUGGAUGGCUGUUUUCUACCCUGGCACCAUAUUGAACUGGCACAGUCUUCCAUAGCUGCAUUACUUACUGCUACAGCCUUGCCACUUACUACAUUACUUGCUUUUAGGUCUUUGAAGAGACAUAAACCAUCUCCAGAUAAAGGCACCUUACAAAGGCGCCAGGUUUACACAAUUGAGUUAAGUCCCACCGAGACAAAUAUAAGCGAGAGCUCCCUCAAACCAAUGACACCACGCCGUGUGAAACGACGUUCUCGCAGAUCUUAUAGAAACGCUGGCUAUAUAGCUUCGAAUGCAUCAUUGCCGGCGGAUUCUAGAACAUCGCGACCUACGUCCGCCCAUUCCUCUUACUCAAAUUUUCAUGCAGCACGCCCAAAUUCUUAUCACCCGCCAGAUAGUACUAUUUGCUCCCAAGAUACAUAUGAAUUGCCACCUCCACCAGUUGAAUCAAUACCAAUAAUGACUAACCGAUACGAAACCGUGAGAAGAAGUAAGGCGAAACGAGGGCAGGAUGUCGUUGGGCCAUACAAAGAUCCAAAUAGAUAUGAGCCGCCACUGAAUUACGAUAACAAUGUGGCGUAUGAGGUCAAUCGGGGAUAUGAAGCACACAACUAUGACAACAGGGAAAUGUCUCCCAAUGAGGGUUUAUAUGUGGGUAAUGGUUAUGGAGGUGGAUACGUGGGUGAAGGGGCUUGGGAGGCACCUCCUCCACCAGCUCCGCCUUACUCCGCCAGAGCCACCCCACAGGCCCCAGGGCCGCCCGCCUACCAGCCCAUUCAUGAUCCUUGUGAUGAAUGUAACACUCACUUAACCUAGGAUCAGAUAAGCCAUAUUGCCAUAUUAUUUCUCGCCAGAGGGAGGUAGAAUGCCAUUUAAAAACGAGUCUUCAGAACGCGUUGCUAAAUUGUCAAUGCUGUCUUUACAAUCUAACACCAAAAUAUUCCUUAAACAAAAGUAAAUGACAAAGUCUUUUUUUCCAGUUGUGUGAAUAUAAAUUUACUAAAAAAAUGUCUUACAAAAUAUUAGUUUAAAUAAUGUAAGUAAAUAACAAAUCUCAAUCAUUUGGUGAAGUGGGCAAUUUAAACAAUCUCAGCAUUUUUGAAUGUAUUUAUAAAUUGUUAUAUUUAGAUUGUUUUGAUGAUAUUUUAGUAAUAAAAGCUAUAUUUUAUUUUGUAACAAAACCACAGUAUAGUAACUUAAGGCCUUCAAUUACUGUUAACCAGUGCCUUCCAAGUUCUAUUUAAUGCAUUUUACUGAUUAAUGUUCACAUAAACGGUUGCGUUUAUGAGCAAUGUCUAGUGGCGCUCACCUUGCAGCUCAAUGAAGUAUGAUAUUUUUAUUACAGUAGUAAUUAGAUUGUUAUACAUUAGUUAAGACAUCACUGUUAUCUGCCUUUCGUACUUAAGUCAUUGUUGUUGUAUAAAAUACAUGUUAUUGUUAGGCGAAACGAUUUUUUUAAAUGUCGUUUAUAUAAGACAACGAAUCUCUUUAGAACUAUAUUUUUACUUACAUUCCAUAAGCACAAACUAUGUCCGUCCAUGUAAUAAAAAGGAAUUAUCUCAAAUAAAUUUAAGUAUAAUGGUACCUGUAUGACAACGCAUUUCCUUGUUAGCAAUAUGUAUAUUGUUCUACAAUUGAUAUACAAAAUGAGCUUUAUUAGUAUAAGAUUUUUUACUUUUAAGUGAAACAUUUGGAAAAAUUUAUACCAAAUAUACAUGAAAUGAA